AUGAGGGAGAUAAGCAGGCAAUAUGUUCUCGAAAAAGUUGAGAAUUAAGGAGCACAUCCAAUGUUUUUAGCUGUUGAUUAGCAAAUCAGAUUCCUCAAGGCUAGAGAAUUUGAUUCAAAGAAAGCCUAGGAAAUGUUUAGAAAGUGGGUUGACUGGAGGUUGGAAUUUAAAGCAGACUAAAUUGACCCAGAAUCGAUCAGAAAUUUGUUGUUAAGAGAGACAAUAAUACUUCACAAAAAUGAUAAGUUGAAUAGGUAUUGCAUAAUAAUUAGAGCUAGAUUCCAUAAGCCCAAAGAACAAACAAUAGAGGAGCUUAUUAGAUAUGGCAUCUACCUAAUUGAGUAAGCAACUAUAAGGACAGAGAGAAUGGGAUCUAAGUAAUUAUCUGUGAUAUAUGACAGAGACGGAAUGACGAGUGAUAAUAGGGAUACUCAGCUUAUGAGUUUUACCACUAAAUUUGUAUCAUUAUUGUAGGAUUUUUACGCUGAAAGACUGUCGAUGGUCUAUGUUCUCCAUGCAAAUUGGCUUUAUAAACUAGCUUAUGGAAUCAUCAAGCCAUUUCUAGCUAAAAAAACUAAGGAUAAGAUAAAAAUUAUUGGUGAAAUUAAGGACCUUGCCUAAUAUUUUGAUGAAGAUUGUCUAUUGCCAGAGCAUGGUGGAACUAGUGACUAUUAAUAUGAUCCAUUCCAGGAAUAUGGACUGACGAGAUCAGAUAGUAAUUGA